AUGGUCAAGAUCAUCAUUUCUCUCGGCGCGUUGGCGGCGACAGCUCUCGCUGGCUCGGUCACCGAGUUCCCCAAGGAAAUGGCCGACUUGAUGAACACGACGGCCGACCCUUGUACGGACUUUUACCAGUACGCGUGCGGUGGCUGGAUCGAGAACGCCGUCAUUCCCGACGACCGCUCGACGACCGACACGUCGUUCAGCGUCAUUGCGGCCAAGAACGACGCCGUCAUCAAGAACAUCCUCGCGGCCGGCCACUCCAAGCUCACCGAGUACUACAACUCGUGCAAGGACGAAGCACGGCUCAACGAGCUCGGUGUGACGCCAAUUGCCGAUGAUCUCAAGGCGAUUCGCUCGGCCAACUCGACGACCGAAAUCCUCCACACGGUCGCCAAGCUCAGCAAGAAGAACGUGCCCGCGUUCACGCAGCCCGCCGUGUACCCCGACAAGAUGGACGCGACGACCAACGUGCUUUACUCGUUCCAGGCGCCGCUCACCUUCGAUGAGCUCGAUUACUACAAGAACAAGGACAUCUGGGCACUGCUUCAGCCGUUCUACGAGCAGUACAUCGUGUCGCUCUUCACGCUCGGCGGUGGCAAGUCGGCGGGUGACGCCAAGGCCGCGGCCAAGAUCGUCAUGGACUUUGAGCGCCAGUUUGCCGGUGUCCAGCUCUCGAAGCUCGAGGCCAUGGAGGCCGUCACCGCCAACUACAACGCCAUGAGCUACGCCGAAGCGGCGACCAAGUACCCGCUCACGGUCGGCAUCCAGCUCGAGGAAUACGGCUUCAACAUCCACAACGGCUGUCUCGACACGAGCAACAAGAUCAUCUUGCAGGACCUCGGUUUCUUCGACCGCGUCGAGAAGCUCGUCGCGGCCUCGUACAAGAUCGGCAUCCAGAACGCGACGUGGCUCGACGACGAGACGCGCGAGAACGGUAUCACGAAGCUCUCCAAGUUUGUGCACUUGAUCGGCGCGCCCGAGAACCCGCAGACGUACCCUGGUGUCUCGCUCGACGCCAAGGACUAUGUCGGCAACCGCAACAAGAUCAACACGUUUGACACGGAGGCCAACCUCAAGAUGAUUGGCACGCCCGUCGACCGCAAGAAGUGGAGCUCGCCCGCGUCUGAAGUCAACGCGUGGUACAGCCCACGCCUCAACUCGAUCACGUUCCCGGCCGCCAUUCUCCAGACGCCUUUCUUCUCGGGCAACUCCGACCCGGCGCAGAACUUUGGUGCCAUCGGCAUGGUCAUUGGCCAUGAAAUCACGCACGGUUUCGACAACUCGGGCCGCAACUUUGACGGUGACGGCAACCUCAAGCCGUGGUGGACCGACGAGACUGCGCUCGAGUUCAACAAGAAGGCCAAGUGCAUUUCGGACCAGUACAGCGGCUUUGUCGCCAAGAGCGAAGUGACUGGCGAGACGCUUGGCUAUGUCGACGGCCGCCUGACACUCGGUGAGACGAUCGCUGACAACGGUGGUCUCAAGACGGCCUUCCGCGCGUACCAGACAUACACGCAGACCAACCCGUCCAAGUUCACCAAGGAAGUCGGUGACAAGGUCUUCUUCCUCUCGUUCGCGCAGGGCUGGUGCUCCAAGAACACGGACAAGUACAUUGAGCGCAUGCUCAAGGGCGUCCACCCGCCGGGCAACUUCCGCGUCUACGGCGCCGUCCAGAACAACGACGCGUUCGCCACGGUGUUCAACUGCCCUGUCAACUCGGCCAUGAACCCGACCAAGAAGUGCUACCUCUGGGAGUAG